GCUCCUCCAACAUCCCAUAAUCCUUCGCCUCAUCCUCACAGGGUCUAUCAAUAGAGCGCCGAGCCGUUCACAAAGGGCCGUGGGCUAGUUCCGCCUUCCUCUCCAGCUCAGGAUGAAAAGCGAGUAUGCAAACGUGGCCCCAUGAGUUUUGUCCACUUUGGGUCGACGUAGCAGAAGCAGCCUCACACAGCAUUCUGGGUAGAAGUUUCGAAGGGAGGAUGAUCGGAAUGAACAAGACAUCUUUGACUUAGAGGCACAUUCCCCCUGCGAGACCAUCCUACGAUUUUAUUUUAAUUUUUUGUUUAUUUACUUUUAACUUUUACCUUCACGAGACUUUGAUCCCACAAUGGCCAGUUUAGUCAACAAAGACUCUUACCUGCAGAAAUUGGCCAAGAAAAUUUGCACCCAGGAAGCCCCCGAGCCACGAAAAAGGAAAUUUGGAACUGGACUGGGAGACGAUAGCACCCAGCCAAAGAAGAAGAGGAAGAAGAAACAGAAGAAGCAAGGCAAGAUAGUGGGCACCUCUCUGGGCAAGCAGACAGCACCUGGGGGCAGCCAAGCAUCACCAGCCAAGCCAACAAAUGCCAGUAUUCAGAAAUCUGGCCCAGUUAUCCAUGCUGCACCCAGUUCCAGUGGAUCUCAGAAUACUGGGGGGAAAGGGGACAGAAGCCAAAACGAUGUUGCAGGUGGUGACAAGAGCACAGCCGGCUCAUUUUCAGCCAUGAAUCUCUUGCGGCAGAGACUGCACGAGAAGAUCCAAGAAAUCUCUGGCCAGGGAAACAGCAAAGAGUUGUCCCCAGCAGUGUUGGAGAAGAGGCAACGAAGGAAAUACGAGAAGGAGAGAAAGAAACGCCGUAGAAAAGAGUUGAGGAUGAAAGAAAAAAUGGAGAAGAAGGAGGCAGAGGAGGCUUCAGCAGCCAUUUCAGAGCCCCAGGCCACAAAGAAUGACACCAAGGUCGAGAUCGUCUUCAAUAAGGUUGAAGUCCAUGAGGAAGGGCUUAGCAAAGCGGAAAAGAGGAAGGUGCUGAAAGGCAACAUUACUCCACUGACAGGGAAGAAUUACAAGCAACUCCUGAGCAGAUUGGAAUCUCGUAAGAGUAAGCUGGAAGAUCUGAAAGACAAGGAUGAGGGGAAAGCCAAGGAGCUGGAGGUGAAGAUGAAGUGGACAAAUGUCCUGUACAAGGCAGAAGGGGUCAAAAUCCGCGAUGACGAGGACAGGCUGAAGGCGGCCCUGAAGCGGAAGGAGAAGCGCAAGGCCCAGCGCCAGAGGCAGUGGGAGAAGCGGACUGAAAACAUAGUGAUCAAAAUGCAGCAGCGGCAAGACAAGCGCCGCAAGAACCUCCAGAAGAAAAAGAUAGCCAAGGUGGAGAAGAAGAAAGCCAAGGCUCGCAAAAAGGGUCGCAUCCUGCCCGAGGACCUGGGCAAAGCCAAAAUUAAAUGAAUCAGGCUAGUGGACCAUUGGAACCCACUCCAAGGCAGAUGCUCACAGGGCUCAUUAAUAAAAGCUAUUUUGUAGUGGAACAUCUGAAAUUCUUUAUAUCUAAAUCUCCUUGCUUGUGAGAUGACUUGGAGUCAUCAGGCUGUGCAGCUAGACCAAGAAGAGGGAGCUGCUACACUUGAGAUGCAAAAGAGAUAUAGUUCCACAAGACUGUUUCUGUGGCCAUACAACCCUGAGCUAUACCAGUUGAUCAAGUGGAUCUUUUCAUCCCUCUCCCUGAGUCAGGAUAAGAGAACCUUCAGUCUGGGUGCUAAAUGUGGCCUUCAAAACCUAUCUUCCAGACCCCCUAGCACAGCUUAACACCCUCCUUGAAUAUUUUCUACCUUUAACUGUGCUAUGUCUUUUUUUCCCCUUGAGUAAAAUGUGUAUUCAUUGCUCCCCUCCAUUUUUGCUUUUGCCCUGCCCAUCAACUGGCAUGCAGCCCCUUGAAAAUAUCCCAGAAGGGAACACAGCCCUAAGGCUGACAAAUGUAUUUUUUGUGAAGAAAUUUCAUAAAAUCUCAUCAACAGGAGCUCAGGAAGGAAGCAGAUGAAUUUAAUAUCAUAACAAUAAUGGGAUGCACAAAAGUUGAAUGUUAUCUUGAAAAUACUAAUUCCAGAAGUUAAUAAACAGUACCACUUUUCCAUAAA